GUUGGCCUGAAAGAGAAGAAGAUUGAUGCUUUACAAGAGAAAGUUUCCGAGAUGAAGCAGCUCUGUGGUGGACAAGAUGUCCCCGCUAAACUACAAGUCAUGGAGACGGACCUCAGAAGAAAACUUAACAGCAUUGAAGAGUUAUGUGAUCAAGCCAAGAACAACCUCCAGGAUUUCUGCAGUCAGAAGAAGCAGCUGGAGGAUUUCCUCAGCCAGAUGUCUGAGUGGCUGAUGAGCGUUGAGAGAUCUUUGGUGGAUUCACCCUGUGGAACGGCUCCUGAAGAGAUCUGCAGAGUCAAGGAAAUCCAAAAGGAGCUUCAGAACCAGCAGGCGAGCAUUGAUUCAGCCCGGGAAAGCUUGAACACACUUUGCAGAAAAUACCCAUCAGAGGAACUAGCUGGUCUAGGAUCUUCUCUGACGGAUCUCAUCAAGAAAUAUGAAACGGUCAAUCAGAUCUGUGUGAAAAGGCUCGGGUCUAUGCAGCACGGCCUCCAGCAGCACUUCAAUGAUCUUGUUAAGGAGUUUCAUACGUGGCUCUCAGGACAGAAAGACAUUGUGAGAGAAUGCGCAGACCAUUCGGGUGAUAUGAGCGUGGUGGAACGCAAACUGCAGAAACUGAAGGGAGCUCUGGAGCGGGUGGAUGAUGGAGACGAUCGUCUAACACUGGUCUGCACGGAGGGAGAGAAGCUUCUUCUGCAUCUCCCGAAAGCCAGCGCCGGCCAGGUUCAACAGAGCCUCUCCUCCAUCCAGCAGGACUGGGACAGUUAUGUGGAGCUGUGCAGACAGAACCAGCAGAACUUGGAGGACAGCGCCAGUCUGCUCAGCGGGUUUGACAGCCGUCUGCAGAGACUGAGCCGCUGGCUGGAGCGCAUGGAUGUGAAGAUGAGCACAGAGCUGCCAGAAGGAAGACACGGCGAUCAGGAGAGAGUCACGCUGGAGCGGGUGGAAGAAUUCCAGCAUGAAGUGCUUAAAGAGAGGGACUCGUUUGAGGGUCUGUGUCAGGAGGCUCAGGCUCUCAGUGAAGGAGGUCACGGCAGCGGGUCAGAGGUCAGAGCCUCCGCGCAGCUGCAGCUCCAGCAUCAGUCUCUGCUGAAGGCUGCGCGGGAACGGCUGCGCGUCUGUCAGCUCAGCAUGCAGGAGCAGCAGAACUUCCAGGAGACGCUGCAGAGCACAUGGCUGUGGCUGAGCGGCGCACAAGAGCGGCUCACUGCUCUCAACAGCACCAGCGGGAAUAAAGAGACCCUGGAGAAGAGACUGUUGCUUGUUCAGGACAUCUUGCUGAUGAAGGGUGAAGGAGAAGUGAAGCUCAACAUGACGGUCGGGAAGGGCGAGCAGGUGUUGAAGAACUGCAGUCGAGAUAAACAGGAAGUGAUUCGUUCUCAGCUCAAGAGUCUGAAGGAUUCCUGGGCGAAUAUCCUCAUGACUGCCAUGAGUUGCCACAGUCGUCUGGAGUGGACUGUUGCUCAAUGGAGCAGUUUUCAGGAGAGUAAAGCGCAGCUGCAGCAGUGGAUGGAGAUGGUGGAACAGGAGGCAGGAGUGGCUCUACCGCAGCAGCCCGGGCUGAAAGAGAAAGCCUCGCUGUUGGAGAGACUGCGGGUCAUUCAGGCCGAUGUGGAGGUCCACUCCACAGCACUGAGCCGCCUCAAUGAGAAAGCCACAGAGCUGUAUGAGAAGACAGGAGACCAGGCGUUUGCAGAGGGACCAAAAUCUGACUUCAACACACAGUUCACCAACAUCACUGCAGUCAUUAAAAGUAAAGUCCAGCAGAUGGAGGAGAUUGUCAAAGAACAUGAGCAGUACAUGGAGUCAGUGCGGGACCUGAACGACUGGCUCACCUCGGCUAAAGAAGAGCUCCAGCGCUGGUCAGACAUGUCUGGAGACGCAGCUUCUGUUCAGAGGAAACUCUCUAAAGUCAGAGGUCUAUUAGACUCCAGGAAGCAGGGCCGUGAGCGUCUGACCCGAGUCCAGAGCUGCGGUGCCGCCACACGCGACCACACGUCUACUGUGGGCUGUGAGGUCCUGGAGCGGGAGGAGGCCGGGCUGCUCUCCGCCUGGGAGCAGUGGGAGCGUGGAGCUAAACACGUGUGCUCGGGUCUGGAGGGCGUUCUGGCUCAGAUGGCAAACUCAGAGCAGGAGUUCAACAGUUUGGCUGCGCAGCUGGAGCAGGACCUGCAGGAGUUCAGCAGCAAACUGCAGGAGUGGCGCAUCAAGCUGCAGCAGGUGGAGGAGAUGAGUGCAGGAGACGAGGCGGUGCAGGGCUGGCAGAUAGCCAAGGACACCCUGGAAGCACUGCUGAACGUGGAGCCCAUGUCUGACAAUCUGAAGUGUCAGCUAAACGAUUUGUGCCGUUUCUCCAGAGAUCUGGGCGCUCAAUCUGAAAGAGUGUCUGCACUCAUUAAAGAAUACAACAGUCUGAGUCUCCAGGCAUCUCGAGAGUGUCAGGGAAAGGAGAAGCUGCUGGAGCAGAGGUUUCGUGCUGCUUUUCGAGACUUCCAACAGUGGCUGGUCAAUGCCAAAAUCAACACAGCCAAGUGUUUUGACGUGCCUCAGAACCUGGCUGAAGCGUCAUCCAGCCUGCAGAAGAUCCAGGAGUUUCUGAGUGACCGAGAGCAAGGCCAGGGUAAACUGAACACAGUGGCGGCCAGUGGAGAGCUACUGAUGAGCAUCGCUGCUAAAGACAGAGUGGAGUCAGUCAGAGCGAAAAUCAACACAGCCAGAGAAGACUGGAAAACACUCAUGACCAACCUGCACCAGAGAGAGAACGCCUUACAGAAUCUUCAGGCUCAGAUGCGGGACUUUGAGACGAGUGUGGAGCCCCUUCAAGACUGGCUGAAUGACACUGAAGAAGCUGUUCAGGAGAGCAGCAGUCGACUGCAGGACCUCACGGCUAAGAAGCAGGAGCUGCACAGGUUACAGUCUCUGCUAGAGGAAUUAGCCUCUAAGGAGCCUCAGCUGCUCAGGUUGAGGGAGAAGGCCCAGCAGCUGUGGGACGGACACACGGCCGGAAAGGGCUUUGUGCACCGUGUCUCGCAGCUCUCUGCUCAGUACCUAGCUUUAAGCAACCUGACCAAGGAGAAAGCCUCCAGAAUUGAGCGUAUGGUGUCCGAGCACCAGCUGUUCUCUCAGGGCCUGAAGGAGCUGCAGAACUGGGUGUCCGACACCAGUCACAUGCUGCAAACCUACUGUACUCCCACCGCAGACAAGAACGUGCUGGACAGCAGGAUGAUCAAACUCGAGGCUUUACUGACAGCCCGUCAGGAGAAGGAGAUCCAGCUGAAGAUGCUGCUGACCAGAGGAGAGUCUGUCCAGAGAAACACCUCUGCUGACGGGGUCCCGCUGGUCCACCAGCAAAUCGAGGACCUCAAGGACUCCUGGGAUGGACUGCUGUCGGCAUCUAUACAAUGCAAAAGUCAACUGGAAGGCGCCCUAUCUCAAUGGACCAGUUACCAGGAGGACGUACGUCAGUUUGUGACCUGGAUGGAAACUGUGGAGGAGACUUUAAGCUCAGCGGAUAAACAGUGUUCGGAGAUGAGAGACAAAACCACCAAUCUGGGCAAAGCCAAAUUGCUCUUAGAAGACGUUUUAAGUCACAGCAGCGUCUUGGACGUCAUAUCUAUGAAGGGAUCCAACAUGGCCGAGCACUACGUCACCCAGCUGGAGAUUCAGGACUUGCAGGAGCGCUACAAUAUUGUCAAAGAUAAAGCUCAGUGUGCGGUUGCUAAAGCGGAGGAGCUGGUGUCGGCUCAUCAGGAGUACCAGCACAGCCUGCAUGAGUUUAAAGACUGGCUGGAGCAGCAGCAGGAGAGACUGAGCUGCUACACACAGCUGGAGGGAGACACAGAGAUGCUGGAGGACACACUGCGAAAACUACAAGAGCUGCAGGUUCACUGUACAGAAGGUCAGGCUCUCCUCAACACUCUGCUGGUGAGCCGAGAGCAGGUGAUUCCCUGGGGCGUCCCACAGCUGGAGGACCGAUGUCUGGAGGGCGUCCAGCAGGAGUGGGGCUCGUAUCAGACCCGGCUCACUGACACCAGAUCUCAGCUUAACAGCGCUCUGGCCAAACUGCGGCAGAUCGAGCAGAAGUUCCAGCGGCUGGACAACUGGCUGAAGGGGAUGGAAAGUAAAGGCCAGUUACGCACUGGACGCCGCUCUGACAGAGCAACCAAAGAGGCCCAGCUGCAGCUCCUGAAGGGCUGGCAUGAGGAGGUGUUGGUCUACCAGGAGGAGAUUGAGGGUCUCAGUGUUUUGGCCCAGCAGGUUUUAGAAGAGACGCCCAUCAGCAGCAGAGUCAGCACUCGAGCCACACAGCUGACCUCACGCUAUCAUGCACUGCUGCUACAUCUGCUGGACACUAUAAAGCAGCUUAAGGAGGAAGUGUCCUGCAUUGAAGAAUCUCAGAGUGUCUUCAGCACAUUCUCUGAAUGGUUGAACACAGCACAGAAGAACUUCAGUAGCGUGACCACCACCAACAUUGAUGUGGUCGAUCGUGCUGCCAUGGAGAAGAAGAUGAAACAACUAGAGGCUCUGCAGGGCGACAUGGAGCUCGGGCACACUUUCCUGAAGACCAUGCGUGAAAAGACCGAUCGUGCCAUGAUGUUCCUGGAGGAGCCCGAAGCAGAGCAGCUGAAGGAGGAGGUGGACAGCAGACUGUCUCAGCUGGAGACACUAAUCAGAGCUCUGCGGUCCGAGAUCAGCGCCACUGAGAAAUCCAUACAGCUCUCUAAAGAUUUCCUGGACAAGUUUAAGACUCAAACACAGUGGCUUUCAGAGACAAAAUCACUGCUGGCAUCCCCUGUGGAGCCAAAAGCAGAACUCUACCAAAAGAAGGCUCAGUUGGCCAAAUAUAAGACAAUCCAGCAAACCAUCCAGUCCCAUGAAUCAGCCGUCAAAUCAGUAAUCGAGAAAGGAGAUGCUCUUCUUGAAACCAUCCGAGACCCGUCCAUCAGCGAGAACAUCAGCAAGCUGAAAACUGACUAUCAAGACCUAUGCGCUGAUGCUAAGGCUCGUGUUCAAAGUUUGACAGAGAGCGUGAGGGAGCAUGAGGACUAUAACAGUGAACUGCAGGAAGUAGAGAAAUGGCUGUUACAGAUGUCAAGCAGACUCGUCACCUCUGAUUCAAUGCAAAGUGGCAAUCUGGAGAUGGCCACACAACAGCUUGCCAGACACAAGGCAAUAAUGGAGGAGAUCGCUGGAUUUGAGGAACGGUUGAGCAGUCUGAAGGAUAAAGGUGAUCGUCUCGUCAGUAGCUGCACAGAGCAAGUCCAGGCCAAGAUCAGUCAGCAGAUCCAAGCACACCAGCAGGGAACCAGAGACAGUUAUUCAGCUAUCUGCAGCACAGCGCAGCGUGUAUAUCAGAGUCUGGACCGUGAGCUCCAGAAGCACGUCAGCCAUCAGGACACUCUUCAGCAGUGUCAGACGUGGCUCUCCACUGUUAAAGAGGAGAUUCAGAUGCAGCCGCAAACUCCCUAUGGCCUGCAGGAGGCUCUGAAACAGGUGAAACACUUCAGGGCCUUACAGGAGCAGGCCAGCACGUAUCUAGAUCUGGUUUGCUCAGUGUGUGAUUUGUCUGAUGAGUCUGUGAGAGCCACAGCUGCCAAAAUACAGCAGACCAAAACAAUGAUUGAGGAGAGGAUGAGCACUUCUCAAGAGCUGUCAGAUAGCUGGAGGGAGAUUAAAGAGCAAAAACAGGAACUCUCGACACUUUUUCAGGACAUGGAGCAGCAACUGCAAAGUCUCUCCAGAAGACCUGCUGAGCUGGAGCCCAAAAUUGCCCAAAACAUGCUCGAUCAAGCCAGAGAAAUUGGCCAACAGCUUCAAAACAGACAAAGCACUCUGACAAAGAUGACAGAGCUUGUGAGUAAGCUGACAGAAGGGAAGGAGUCUCCUGAGCAUACAGAGAUCGGUCGACUGAGUCACGCAUGGCUGGAACUGUGUCAUCAGGCCAACAUACUACAGACUCAACGAGAAGAAGAUCUGAAGAGGACUAAAGAGUAUCAUGACUGCAUCAGUGCCAUGGAAGCCCUCUUUGAACAGGUGUCCAAGGAAUGGGACAACCUGGCCAGAACUGAUGCUGAAAGUUCAUCUGAUCAUCUGGAGGCUCUUCGCAAGCUCUCGGUUGUUCUUAAAGAAAAGAAAAGCACACUUGAGGAUCUCAAAGAGCAGAAGCAAAAAGUAAUGUACCAUCUAAACCUGGAUGACAAAGAGCUGGUGAAAGAGCAGAUAGGCCACUUUGAGCAGCGAUGGGCCCAUCUAGAGAGCCUCAUUGAGAGGAAGAUUCAGGACUCCAUUUUGACACUUGAAGACAUGGGGCAAGUUGAGGCCCGCUUGAGGGAAGCUCGUGAAUGGGCUGAGGAGCAGCAGCCGACCCUGUCUGAAGCCAUGAAGAUGAGUCCCCCACCGGAGCUAGCGCAAAGUUUCCUCUUUGACCAUCUCAGCAUAUGCAGUGAGCUGGAAGCCAAGCAGCUUCUGCUUGCCCAGGCAAUAGGUGAUGCAGAUAGGGUUUUAGCACAUCUGGGGCUAAACGAAAGACAAAGACUGCAGCAGCUCAUUUCAGAAACGCAAGCAGAAGUAGAGUGCUUGAGCGUCAAAGUAGCUCAGCGUAGGAAACACCUAAGCAAAGCUUUUACUGAGAGAACACAGUUCUUGCUGGCUGUGAAUCAAGCGAUUACCUGGGUCCAGCAGAAUGAGAAAAAAGCACAAGCAGAAGAGUACAUUGCCCUUCUUCCUGAUGACCUUUCAAAGCAGGUGAGAACAUGCCGGAACAUCCAGAGCAGUUUGAGAGCCUACCAGAGUGAGCUGACCUCCCUGUGGUCACAAGGCAGGGAUCUGAUGAAAGACGCUGCUGAAGAAGAGAAGACAGAGAUGCUGCGUAAGCUUCAAGAACUGCAAAGUAUCUUUGAAGUUGCCCUGCAGAAGUGUAGCCAGAGACUUCAGGAGCUGGAAAAGGUGUUGGUGACCAGGAAAUACUUUAAGGCAGAUCUGGAGAAGAUAUGCCAAUGGUUGAAACAAGCCGAUAUUGUGACCUUCCCUGAGAUAAACCUCAUGAAUGGAGAUGCAGAAUUAUGCUCACAGCUUACAAAAUACCAACAGAUAUUGGAUCAAGCUAUGGAAUUUGAGAACCUCCUGCUAACUGUGCAAAGGACAGGUCAAGAGAUACUUCCCACUCUCAAUGAAGUGGACCAUUGCUACUUGGAUGAGAAAUUGAUUGCUCUUCCUCAACAGUACAAUAAUAUCUUGGGACUUGCCAAAGAGAAACAGGAGAAAAUACAGCAAGCCAUUCUUGCCCGACAAGAAUAUGCCUCCUUUAUUGAUGUUACCCACAAAGCACUAAAAGAACUUGAAGAACAGUUCCACAGCUUGGGGACGCAGCCUAUUGGCCUUAAGACUGAAGAAGUUGUGAACCUUCAGGCUGACUAUAAAGCUCUCCUUGAGGAACUGACCAAUCUUGGACAAGCCGUUGGUGAACUUAACCAGAAGAAAGAAGGAUUCCGAAGCACCGGUCAACCUUGGAUGCCUGAAGAAAUGACCCAACUGGUUAGCCUUUACAAUGGACUCAAAAGAUUAAUUGAACAGAGGGUAGAACAUCUUGAUGACACUCUUGAAUCUUUCGAGGACCAUCAAGCCAUGGCUAUGCAGGUUGACUCAGAGCUGAAAGCCACCAAAGAGCAACUGGUGAAAGUCAAUGCCGAGACGCAGUCGGCUGAGGAGAGAUUGAAGAAUUAUCAUGCCCUAGCCGCUAGUCUUCAAGGUGCCAGCUCUCACCUCACUCGACUGAUGGAGCAGAUGGAUAACCUGGUAUCCCACAUGGAUACCGCUGCACAUGAGGUUUCAAAGCAGCGGGUGACCUCUUGGCAGGAAGAGCUUCAGUCCUUGCAGUCAUCUGUUGGAGAACUUAUUGUGGAGUGUGAAAACAGGUUCGUGCAGAGUAAAGACUUUGAGACUGAAGUCAAUCGAACCUUAACCUGGCUCCAACAAAUCAAAGAUGAACUUGGCUCUGAGGUGGUGGUAGAUGUCAAAGUUGAAAAGGUCCAGGAAGAAAUCCGAAAGCAACAGAUCAUGCAAGAGGAAGUACAAUCAAGGCUGAGGAUAGUGGCAGCUUUGAGCACAAGAGAGAAGCAGAAAUACACCAGUGCCAAUGAGCUCGUCCCAGCUCAUGUGGACUCAAGUCUACAAGAGAUGGCCAAGCUGGAGGCUGAUGUUCAACGUGCCCUCAGCUCUAAACAGAUUACAUUAGAGCAAGCUCUUGUCUUGUGCCAGAAGUACCACUCCAGAAUGCAAGCAGCAUGUGAAUGGCUGGAGGACGCUGUGGGCUUCUUGCAGCAGGCCAGUCUUGGGGUGGAUGUAGAGAACUACGAGGAGUGUUUGAGGCAACAAGAGGACAUCAUGGCCACUGAGCAAGAGUUCCUGGGGGUUCUCGAGGAGCUAGAAUCUUUGCCACCGCAACUUGAAAACCUUGUCAACCCUACAGCCAAAGAGCAGCUUCGACUGAGUGUGGAGUCUGCACAGCAAAGAGGCGUGGAGGUCAGAGACCAGCUGCAGUGCCACCAAGACGUCCUAAACAGCUGUGUUGCUCAGUGGAACUUAUACCAGGAAGCCAGACAGACAGUCAUUGAGCUGAUGAAUGAGGUGGAGAAGAAAUUAACAGAGUUUUCCACAGCCAAGGCUGCAACAAACCAAGAAGCUGAAGAGAAACUCAGGAGCCAUAAGUCCUUAGUAUCAAUGGUGAACAGUUUCCAAGAAAAAUUGACUGGUCUGGAGGAGCAAGCAUCCCAGUUAGAGCAGAUUGGAAGUGAUGCCAGUAAAGCAACUAUAAGUCGAUCCAUGACCACCGUGUGGCAGCGCUGGACCAGGUUACGCAGUGUAGCCCGAGGCCAAGAAAGGGUGCUGGAGGACACGGCCCAUGAAUGGAGGACUUUCAGGGAAAAGAUGAUGAAAGUAAGAUCUCUAACGGAAGAACUGAAGGCCCGUGUUCCUGAUUGCACUGCUGAAAAAGCCUCCAAAGCCACACUGCAAUCACAUCUGGACCAGUACGAGCUGGUUGGUCAGGAUCUGGAGAGGGAGCUAUCGUCUCUAACUCUCCUGAGACAGUACGCUCUUAGUCUGAUACAUGACGUGGAGGUGUCUGUGCCAGCGGCUGAUCAUGAGCAGCUGCCAAGUCUGAAGGAGAUCAAAGCUGUGCAAGAUCAACUGGAGAGUCUCCUGCAGAAGGCCAGGGCGGGUAAAUCUCGGGUUCAGCAGGAGCUGUCGGACAGGGAAGGUGUGGAGAGAGGACUGAGUCUUGUCAAGAGCUGGAUCCAGGACUCCAGGGAGCUCCUGCUAAACCCCACGUCUGAUUUGGACAUUCUGUCUCAAGAACUGGAGGUGAUGCAUGGAGAGCUGAUCACUCACCGUCAGAAUGUGGACAAGCUCGCAGAGCAGCAGCAAAGCAAAUACUUAGACUUGUACACUAUUUUACCAUCUGAGAUCUCAAUGCAGCUUGCUGAGGUAUCUCUGGCACUGGGAUCCAUUGAGGAUCAGGUUCAAGCCAGGGAGAGAGACAUCCAGAAGUCCAGAGUAAUCAAAGAAGAGUUCAACUCCAGGAUACAUGACGUAUCUGAAAAAAUGAAGGCCGUCUCUACAGCUCUGAAGGAAAAGGCCACGGAUAUUGAUCAGGCCAAAGAUGAGGCCAGACGUCUCUGUGAUGAACUUGACGGCUGUGGAAGAACUCUUGCUGAGUUGGAAGCUGCAGUGCAGGAUUUUGGUCGCCGUAACCCUCUAAUAGCCAGACAACUGGCUGAUGCAAUCGCUAAAUUGCGGGAGAUCCAUCAUCACACUCUUCGACUGGCUGAAUAUAAAACAAUAUGGCUGAAGAAGGCUGAUGCACAUCUGGAUGAGUACAAUGAGAUGUUUGAGUUCAUAGUGAAGUGGACAGACCGAGCCAGGAGUCUGGUGAAGGCCAACAUCAUCUGGAACUCUUCCUCACACCUGCAAGAGCAGAUCAGGAUGUAUCAGGCUGUUCUACGCGAGUCACGUGAGCUUCAUGGUGACCUGGACUCCAUGCAGGAGAAGGUGGAGAUCCUGUCUGAGACGCUGCAGGUGGAGGCGAUGGGACAGCAGGUGUCAGAACUAAGCCGUCACACUGAAGAGCUGGAGCAGAGCAUCAGAUCCCGCCUGCAGAGUCUACAGGACGCAGCAAAGGAUAUGGAGAAGUUUGAGAGUGAAGUGAAGGCCCUGCAUGUGUCUCUGGACCAGGUUCAGGCCACCCUCACAUCUCCUGAACUGGCCCGACUGAGUCUAAAAGAGCAACUUACUCAAAGACAGCGUUUGCUGGCAGACAUGGAGAGUUUCAAGCAGCAAGUGGAGACCGUGCAGGAGUGUCAGAGCGCUCUGAGAGUCCCAGAGGAAGUGGUCACCAGUUUGUCCAUCUGUCGCACGGCUUUGAAUCUGCAGCAGGAGGCCAGUCAGCUGCAGCACACCGCCAUCCAGCAGUGCAACAUCCUGCAGGAGGCUGUGGUACAGUAUGAACAGUACGAACAGGAAGUGAAAAACCUGCAGGUUAUGAUUGAAGAUGCUCAUCGGGUCAUUCAGGACCAACCUGUGAACACCAGCAACAUCCAAGAGCUGCAGGCACAAAUUAACCACCACGAGGAACUGGCUCAGAAAAUCAAGGGCUACCAGGAGCAGAUUGCAUCCCUAAACUCCAAGUGUAAGAUGCUGACAGUGAAAGCAAAACACGCCACCACACUCCUGACAGUGAGUGAAGCAGAGGGAUUAACCGAGAGUCUGGAGGAGCUGGACGGUGAACUUAUUCAAAGAAAAUCACAGUCGCAAGUCUCUAUGUCUGCUGGCCGCUGUCAGUCUCUCCUGUCUCCUGUGACUGAGGAGUCUGGAGAGGAGGGCGCCAGUGAGAUCUGCUCUCCUGCUUUCUGUCCAUCUCCUUCUGCUAGCACUAACACUGAAGCUGUCAUUAGCAAGAUGUCCAUGGGAAGAUCGAGUCUCACCAGAGCGCCGGUCCAGGAGCUGUACAAUCCUGCACUGGAGUCUGUGGCCAGUUUAGAUGAUCUCCAGCGCUCGUGGGAGACCCUAAAAAAUGUGAUAAGUGAAAAGCAGAAGACGCUCUACGAGGCUCUGGAGAAGCAGCAGCGCUAUCAAGGCUCUCUCCAGGCCAUCUCCAGUAAAAUGGAGUCAAUCGAGACCAGAUUGAAUGAGCCACCAAUGCACGAUCUCAGUCCUGAUAGACAGAUGAUCCUACAUCAGAAUCAAAUGGAGGAAAUCGUCAGACUGCAGGAUGAUAUCGAUGAGCUCCAGUCCAGCUUCACUGAAGAGCUGUACAAUCCUGAUGCCGUGGAUUCAGACUCUGCAGAUCAGCUGGCCAUGCAGUCCUCACUCACUGUGCUGGCGGACAGAAUGGCCACCAUACACAUGAAAGCUUCUGGAAAACGGCAGAUUCUUGAGGAGCGUCAGAGUGAGCGUGUGGAAAAGCAGCAGCAGGCGCAAGCAUUACAGCACUACCUCAACCAGGCAGACCAGCUCGACCAAUGGCUGAAGAGCACUCACGGUUACAUCGCUUCCUGCUCUCAGGACUCAGACGCAGAAGAGCAACUCAUAGACUGUCAGAACAUGCUGCUGGAGAUGGAGGAAAAGGUGCUGGCUCUCUCCGAGCUGUCCCGACACAGCGAGAGUCUCCUGCUGGAGGGACGGCCCGAGAACAGGGAGGACGCCGGGCAGCUGGCCCGGAAACUGCGCACGCUGAAGGGGAGCCUGCUGGAGCUGCAGAGGAUGCUGCAAGACAAGCAGAUCAACCUGCAGGCGACUUUAAUUUGGGAGGAGUUGAAAGGCCCUCAAAGAGCAAGUGAUUCCCUUCAGGAAGCGUCAGACUCGAGUGAAUCAGACUCCACUCUCUCUCAGAGUCCAAACAUGCAGGACUGGCUGGCCCAGGCCCGCACCACACGCAGCCUCCAGCACCAGGACACCCUUCAAAAACAGAAGGAGCUUGAAGAGCAGCUUGCGGAGCAGAAGAAGCUGUUGAAGUCUGUAGCGAGUCGUGGAGAGGAGAUUCUCACACAGCAGGCGUCACCCGUCAGAGCCAGUGCGACAGAGACGCUCUCUCCUGAUGUAGAGCUGGAAGGAGACAGUGAGGCUGUGAAAAAGCAGAGGAGAAAGAGAUGGGAAAGCCUGAAGAAAGACAUGGCCACCAAACUACAGCUCCUUAUGAACACCCUGGAGCAGGACAGCAAACAGCCGUUUUACUCCAGAACUGCUUGUGUGAAGACGGCGGCUCCAGCUCCGGUUUAUAAGAGAGAGACACACGUCCAGGACAAGUCCAACCUGAUGUCCCUGCACAAUGGAUUCAGUCAGACAAUACAGGAAAUGACACCUCAGGCCACAGAGCGAGAGGUCGUUCUGAUGGAGCAGCAGCUUUAUUCAGCCAUCACAGCCACUUCUUCUUGGGUGGAUGAUGUGGAGAACACACUGUUUUCUGGCCCUGCGCUGCUGACGGAGAACGCAGACACACAACUCUCCAACCAUGAGACUCUGGGUAAAGAAGUGACGGAGGUGACACAGGAGGUGGGACACAGUCAGGGGUUGAUCAGAGGAUCAGUGGGUCUGUCUGAGGAUGAGCAGAGCCUGAUGAAGGACACUCUGGACUGCCUGACCCGACGCCUAGGAGCCCUGGACUCAGCUCUGGACCGCCGCUGUGAAUCCAUGCGGAGCAGAAUGAGGGAACUCAGCACUUUCCAGACGGAGCUGCAGCGGCUCUUUACAGCUCUCAGUGAAAGCAAGUUUCAGAUUAUCCAGAAAAUGGCAGGAGUUCUUGACCACACAACAACUAAACAGAUUGAAACCAUUGCAGAGGUGGAAGAUACACUGAAAGACUUUGAGCACAGAAUAACAGAGUUGAAAGCCAGAGGGGCGGAGCUGCAGCCAGACCAGUUCUCCACCAAUGAGCUGCUGAAGCUGCAGGAUGCUUAUGAGGAGCUAGUGAUGACGGUGGGCUCGAGACGGAGUGGAAUAAACCAGAAUAUGGCUCUGAAAAAUCAGUAUGAACGAGUUUUGCAAGAUCUGAUUGAUCUGGUGGACACAGCUCAUGAUAAGAUGGCCGCUGACCAGAAGAUGAUUGCCGGCUCAGUCGAGGACGUGCACAACCUUCUAGACAAACACAAGGAGUUUUUCCAAGGCUUAGAGUGGCAUAUGGUCCUCACCGAGACAUUUUACAAGAAAAUUAGUGCCUUUGUUUUGCCACGUGAGCGUCAGACUCUUGAAGAGACGCUGGCUCGUGCUCAGGAUGUGCUGAAACAAGCGCAUAAAAAAGGAGUUGAGCUGGAGUGCGUCUCUGAGACAUGGAGUCGUCUAGUUUUGGACUAUCAGACGCUGUACCGACUGCUAGAGGUUGUGGAGGGGAGUCUGCCGAGUGUUGGAUUAGUGGAAGAGACCGAGGAGAGGCUUAAUGAAAGAAUACAGCUUUAUCAGGCUCUGAGGUCCAGUCUGACAGAGCACCAACACAAGCUCCAUCAGGUUCUAGAGGAGGGAAAACAUCUUCUGUCAUAUGUGAGCUGCUCGAGUCUGGAGAACCAGCUGACGGUUUUAGGAGAACACUGGCUCAACAACACCACCAAAGUCAACAAGGAGCUGCAGAACCUCCAGUCCAUGUUGAAGCAUUUAACCAGGUAUAAGAGUGAGUCUGUUGAACUGAGCCGCUGGUUACUGGAGGCUUUGGAGCGUUUGGAGUUCUGGAACACACAGUUUGUUGCUGGACCUCAGGAACUGGAGACAGUUAAAGGCCAGCUGUCGGCUUUUCUGGAGUUCAGUAAAGAGGUGGAGGCUCGCUCCAGUCUGAAGGCCUCAGUUCUAAAUGAGGGAAAUCAGCUCCUCAGACUGAAAAAGAUGGACACAGCGUCUCUGCGGGCUGAACUGGCCUGUCUGGACUCUCAGUGGUCUGAACUGCUCACCCGCAUUCCCAUAGUUCAAGAGAAACUCCACCAGUCUCAGAUGGAUAAGCUGGCAUCCCGUCAUGCUAUAACAGAGCUGGUCAACUGGAUUUCGCUGAUGGAAAGAGUGAUAGAAGAGGAUGAGGAGAAUCUGAAAGGAGCUGUCGGGUCAAAGGUCAUUCAAGAGUACCUGCAGCGAUAUAAGGGCUUCAGGGUGGAUGUGAACUGCAAACAGCUCACUGUGGACUUUGUGAAUCAGUCAGUGCUGCAGAUCAGCGGUGCGGAUGUUGAGAGCAAACGCAGUGAUAAAACUGAUUUUGCUGAAAAACUGGGCGCCAUGAACUGCCACUGGCAGAUCCUGCAGACACGCAUCACAGAGAGGGUGCAGUAUCUGGAAGGCUUGUUGGUGUCUUGGGUGGAAUAUGAGGGUAAAGUUCAGGGUCUGCAGGCGUGGCUGGAUGCUCAAGAAGAAAGACUUAAGAGGAAACACAGGAUUGAGAACUUAUCUUCUGUGCAAAACGCACUCAAAGACUGCCAGGAGAUGGAGGUGAUGGUGAAGGAGAAGGAGAGAGAGCUGGAGAGAGUGGAGGAACAGGCCUGUGCUCUCGUCCAAAACAAGACUGACGAGGCCUGUGCUGUCGUGAUGGAGUCUCUACGAGCCCUCAAUAACACAUGGGCCAAUCUGGACCACCUGAUCGGGCAGCUCAAGAUCAGCCUGAAGUCUGUCCAGGACAAGUGGAAUCAAUACAAACAAGCGUCUGAAGAGAUUAACGGGUACCUGACGGAGGGCCGCUACUCUGUGUCCCGCUACCGUCUGCUCACGGGCUCUCUGGAGGCAUCACGGUUACAGGUGGAGAGUCUGCAGAACCUGCAGGAGGAGCUUGAGAAACAGGAAAGCAGUAUGAGGAAGUUUGGAUCAGUCACACUUCAGCUGCUGGAGGAGUGUCAUCCGUCUGUGUCUGACACACUCAAUAACACACUCAAAGACAUCAAUGCUAGGUGGAGCAGUCUACAGGAGGAGAUCGUGGAGCGUCUGAAGAGCAGUAAGGCUCUCCUGCAGCUCUGGCAGAGCUAUAAAGAUCUUUAUGGACAGAGUGACUCCAGCGUUCAGACACUCGAGGAGAAAGCCAACCAGAUGCUGAAGACAGCCAGCCAUAAAGACAUCACAGAGGAGGAGGUGUCUGCCUGGAUUCAAGACUGUGCUGAGCUGCUGCGCUCUCAGGCUCCGGUUCAGGCGUCUCUGCAGGUUUUAAUGGAGUUAGGAGAACAGCUCAAACAGCAGGUGGACACAUCCGCUGUGGCCUCCAUCCAGUCAGACCACCUGUCUCUCACCCAGCGCCUCAGUGUGGUGGAGCAGAGCCUGAGUCGACAGCAGGUGGCGCUGCAGGCUGGAGUUCGGGACUAUGAGACGUUUAAUGAGCAGCUGGACUCUCUGUCCCGCUGGAUUGUGGAAGCUGAGGAGGUUCUGAAAGGACAAGAUCCCAAUGGAUCCUCUGACCAGUCACUGAUCCAGGACCGCAUGGAGGAUCUAAAGAAACAGAUGCUGAAGUUCAGCAGUAUGGCUCCUGAUCUGGAGAGACUGAAUGAACUGGGUUACAGACUCCCUCUGAACGACUCGGAGAUCAAGCGCAUGCAGAACCUCAACAGAAGCUGGUCCACAACUUCAGCCCAGACCACCGAGAGAUUCUGUAAACUUCAGGCGCUGUUACUCCAGCAGCAGACAUUUCUGGAGAAGUGUGAGACGUGGAUGGAGUUUUUGGUGCAGACGGAGGAGAAACUGGCCGUGGAGAUUUCCGGAAACUUCCAGAGCCUGAUGGAGCAGCAGAGAGCUCAUGAGCUGUUUCAGGCCGAGAUGUUCAGCAGACAGCAGAUCCUUCACUCCAUCAUCAGUGAUGGACAACACAUGCUGGAGCAGGGACAGGUGGAUGACAGAGAUGAGUUCAAGCUGAAGCUGGCUCUGCUCAGUAACCAGUGGCAGGGUGUGGUGAGACGGGCGCAGCAGCGCCGGGGCAUCAUCGACAGUCUCCUGCGUCAGUGGCAGCGCUACCGGGAGAUGGUGGAGAAGCUCCGUAAGUGGCUGCUGGAGGUCAACCAUCAGACCCAGAGCCUGCAGGCGGGUACACCAGUGCCACUGCAGCAGGCACGAGCCAUGCUGGAUGCAGUUCAGCUCAGAGAGAAGGUUCUGCUGAGACAGCAGGGCAGCUACAUCCUGACGGUUGAGGCUGGUCGACAACUGCUUCUGUCUGCUGAUUCACGAGCUGAAGCCGCUCUACAAGAGGAGCUGCUCAACAUUCAGGAGCGUUGGAGAAAUGCCAACAUCCGCCUGGACGAGCAGAAAAAGGAGCUGGCCGUCCUGCUCAGGGACUGGGAGAGAUGUGAGAAAGGAAUUGGAGGAUCUCUGGAGAAGCUGAGAGCAUUUAAACGACAGCUUUCACAGCCGCUGCCAGAUCGCCAUGAGGAGCUGCAGGCGGAACAGAUGCGCUGCAAGGAUCUGGAGAGCAUGUUUGACGGCUGGAAGGAGGAUCUGACCCAUCUGACAGUGCUGAGAGAGUCUCUGUCCAGCUACAUCAGUCUGGAGGAUCUGCGUGUGCUGCAGGAACGCAUUGAGCUCCUGCACCGCCAGUGGGAGGAGAUCUGUCAUCAGCUGUCUCUGCGCAGGCAGCAGGUAAGCGAGAAGAUGAAUGAAUGGGCCAUCUUCAAUAAUAAAUACAAGGAGCUGUGUGAAUGGCUGACACAAAUGGAAAGCAAAGUAUCCCACAACGGAGACAUCAGCAUUGAAGAGAUGAUCGAGAAACUGCGCAAGGACUAUCAGGAGGAGGUGUCUGCGGCUCAGGAGAACAAACACGAGCUCCAGCAUCUGGGUGAACGAUUAGCUCGAGCCAGUCACGAGACCAAAGCCUCUGACAUUGAACACAAACUCAGUAAAGUCAAUGAACGCUGGCAGCACCUGCUCGACCUCAUAGGAGCCAGGGUGAAGAAGCUGCGGGAGACUUUAGUGGCCGUUCAGCAGUUGGAUAAGAACAUGAACAGUCUGCGCUCUUGGCUCGCUCACAUUGAGACUGAACUGUCCCGUCCCAUUGUCUACGACACCUGCGACUACCAGGAGAUCCAGAGGAAACUCGAUCUGCAGCAGGAGCUUCAGAGAGACAUUGAGAAGCACAGCACUGGUGUGGCGUCUGUGCUGAAUCUGUGUGAGGUUUUACUGCAUGACUGCGACGCCUGUGCGACUGAUGCAGAGUGCGACUCCAUCCAGCAGGCCACACGCAGCCUGGACCGCCGCUGGAGGAGCAUCUGUGCCAUGUCCAUGGAGAGGAGACUCCGGAUUGAGGAGACGUGGCGUCUCUGGCAGAAGUUUCUGGAUGAUUUCUCUCAUUUCGAGGAGUGGCUGAUGUUGUCAGAGAAAACAGCCGCUCUGCCAAACUCUUCAGGUGUCCUUUACACCAUUGCCAAAGAGGAGCUCAAGAAAUUCGAGACGUUCCAGCGGCAUGUGCAUGAAAGUUUGACACAGCUGGAGCUGAUCAAUAAACAGUACCAACGACUGGCCCGUGAGAAUCGCACUGACGCAGCCUGUAGUCUGAGAGAAAUGGCCCACAAUGCCAACCAGCGCUGGGAUAACCUGCAGAGAAGGGUGUCAUCCGUCCUCCGCAGACUUAAGCACUUUAUCAGUCAGAGAGAGGAGUUUGAGACGGCGCGGGACUGUAUUCUGGUCUGGCUGACAGAGAUGGACCUGCAGCUCACCAACAUCGAGCAUUUCUCUGAGUGUGACGUCCAGGCCAAAAUCAAACAGCUUAGGGCAUUCCAGCAGGAGAUCACACUGAACACGGGCAAGAUCGACCACAUUUUCCAGCAGGGUGAAGCUCUUCUGGAGAAAAGUGAGCCAAUCGACGCUGCUGUGAUCGAGGAGGAGCUGGAGGAGCUGCAGAGAUACUGCCAGGAGGUGUUUGGACGUGUGGAACGAUACUACAAGAAACUUAUCCGGUUACCGUUGACGGACGAUGAGCAUGACAUCUCGUUCUCAGACCGGGAGUUUGAUCUGGAUGAAGGUGCUGACGUGUCCAGCUUCCCCUGGAGCGAGCGUUUGGGAGACGGUUUUCUGUCUCCUCUGCCGUCCUCUAGCCGAUCUGCUCCGCUGCGGGCCGAACGCUCGGGUCGGGACACUCCGGCCAGCGUCGACUCCAUCCCACUGGAGUGGGACCACGAUUACGACCUGAGCCGUGGUCUGGAGAGCGCCAGCAGGGCCCUGUCCUCCUCUGAAACAGGAGAUCAGGCAGAGGAUGAUGGGUACCUGCAGGGCUCAGCAUCUGCACUCUCAGAUGUUGUGAUUCCAGAGAGUCCUGAGGCAUUUCUAAAACUUACUGAGCAAACUCUGAGAUCCAGCGCUGGUGACGCUGGAUCUCUGGAGACUCACAUCCGACAGCUGGAUAAAGCUCUGAACACCAGCUGUUUCCACCUGCAGCAGACGGAGAACAUCAUACGCAGCCGAACACCCACCGGCCCCGAGCUGGACGCCACAUACAUGGGUUAUAUGCGGCUUCUUGAAGAAUGUCGUGGCAGUAUUGAUGCUGUAAAGCGGGUAGGAUUUGAGCUGAAAGAUGAGGACGACAAGAUAUCAGGCUUCGUCAAUCCCAACAGCUCAGAGUCCCAGACAUCAGGAGUAAUCGAGCGCUGGGAGCUGCUGCAGGCUCAGGCUCUCAGUAAAGAGAUGCGCAUGAAGCAGAACAUGCAGCAGUGGCAGCAAUUUAACUCGGACCUGAGCAGCAUCUGCAGCUGGCUGGACCAGACAGAAGAAGAGCUGCAGCAGGAGCGGGGACUGGACCUCGGCACAGACAUACACACCAUCGAGUUGCGCAUCAAGAAGCUCAAGGAGCUGCAGAAAGCUCUGGAUAAACGUAAGGCCAUCGUUCUGUCCAUAAACCUCUGCAGUGCUGAGUUUGUGCAGUCAGACAGCGAGGAGGCUCAAGACCUGCAGCGGCGGCUGAAGGAGAUGAACAACCGCUGGGAGAAACUCAGCAGCUCACUGGACGAGUGGAGGACUGCGCUCCAGCAUGCACUCAUGCAGUGCCAGGAUUUCCAUGAGAUGAGUCACGGUCUGCUUCUGUGGCUGGAGAACAUCGAUCGCAGGAGGAACGAGAUCAUCCCGAUUGACCACACUCAGGACAGCGACACCCUACAGGAGCAUCACAAAACCCUGCUGCAAAUCCGGCGGGAGCUGCUGGACACACAGGUGAAGGUGGCGUCUCUGCAGGACAUGUCCCUUCAGCUGCUGGUUCACUCGGAGGGCAGCGACUGUCUGGAGGCCAAAGAGAAGGUGCAUGUGAUCGGGAACAGACUCAAACUGUUGCUGAAGGGGGUGACCAGAGACAUCCGAGAACUACAGAAGACCCUGGACAUCAGCAGCAGUCAACAGGAUUUGUCAUCUUGGUCAUCUGCUGAUGAUCUGGAUACAUCUGGAUCUCUGAGCCCCGUGUCUGGACGCAGCACACCGAGCCGCCAGCGACCGCCACGGGGCAAAAGUAGUGUGUCAGAGCCCGGAGCCUGUGUGAGCAGUCCACUUCACAGGUCUCUCAACGCCGCUGGAUCCGCUUCCUCCCCUUCUGAAGAUGAAGAGCCGCCAUCUUGGUGCAGAAGCUUCCUGAAGCGGGUCUUCUGGGCCGCGCUGCCCCUGCAGAUCAUCCUGCUGCUGGUGCUGAUUGUGGCCUGUCUUGUGCCUACGGCUGAAGAUGACUACAGCUGUGCCCAACUCAACAACUUCGCCCGCUCCUUCCACCCAAUGCUCAGCUACACCAACGGCCCUCCGCCAAUAUGAUGGGUUUCUCGAAAUUGACAACUGCCAAAAAUGGAGGUUGGCAGCCAAAGUGAAUUAUUAUGGUGUCCUUGUACAGCUGCUAAUCUUACCAUCACUAAAAGUCUCGUGUAGAUGUUAGAACAAAGCCUAUUGCACUGAAAUCUGCUGUGUUAGUGCUACUGAUGUUCUUCCAUAAUUUGAUAUGGAGGAGGAAACUAGAGCGUAACUCAACACUGGUAUUGUUACUGUAAAGGCACUUUCAGUCUUUCUUAAUUCUAAAAAACUGGAGUUUAUCGGAAACAAAACUGAAACGUGCGUGCGUCUUUCAGUAUACUUGUAAAAAAGAGAAAAUGAAAAAUAUAUGAACUCUAUAUUGCAAUUAUUUUUUAUAUGUAUUUUUGGCAUGUGGUCAUCCUUUUGCUUUUAAAAAAACAAUCAUUGAUUUUAUCGGAUUUGUUGUCGGUUUUCAAUUUUUGAUCUUAACUAAUCUGCUGUAACGUUGAGUUUAACUGUGUCACGAUACUAUACUGUAUGUAAACCACUGAUGUCGAAGAAAAGGAUAUUUAUGUAUGUACAGAGUUUGCUGAGGCCUAAAAAAACCUUCGCAAUGAAAACAUAUAUAUGAUAUAUACACAACCUAAUGAUUCAUAUUUUUCAUUGCAAUUAAAGAUUGAAUGACAAUAACUGU